ACAGUUCGUCCUUUGAAUUCAAUAACUUUGUCGGGUUUCUUUAAAACACUGCGGUUUUUGUAGACAACUAUACACACGUAUGUGUAUGUAUGUAAGCGCAUAUGUGUGCGUGUGUUAGUGUGCGCGUAAGUGUACUUGUGUCCAGUGUUUAAGCAUGUGAAUUGAGCAAAAGUGGUGCGACAAUUAUGUAAUCAUGGCGAAAAUCAUCUCGACAUUCAAGGCGAUUCUGACGCGCAUCUUCUUCGGCGCGCACAGCAUCUUGGCCAUUUGGCAAGUGACGGUCAAUACGAAGAACUACAUUUACUGGUCGCUCUGUGGACCGCUGGUGCUGCUCCUGCUCGAGGGCAUCUUUACGCUGAUGAUCAAGAAGACGCAAGAAUGGCGGUGGUUCUGUCCUUCGGUCUUUUUAUACUUGAGCAGCAUUGUGCCGGCCAUUUGGCUAUUGGAAUUAGAUCAAGUGGCACGCAAGCUGAAUAAUAACCACAGCAACAACAAUAGCAGCAAUGAGAAUAUUUUGCAAGAAGUAGCGGAGAUCGCUGAUUUGGAUUUGCCCGUGUUCAAAAUUGAUCCGGACACAUGGAUCACUUUGAUCGAACAGUUUUUAAUGCUUAUUUUAAUAGUCGGUCGCUGGAUGUUGCCGAAAGGCGAUUUGACGCGUGAUCAAUUGAGUCAGUUGUUGUUGGUCUAUAUAGGCACAGCUGCUGAUAUUAUGGAGUUUUUCGAGUCCUACAAAGACGUCAAUAUCAUAAAAAUCGAUCUCUUGGUCUUUCUUACGUUGGGUAUUUGGUCUUGGAGCUUGAUGCAGUUUACAAUUGUUUUAUCAGCGACGCGAGCGCGGCGUCCACGCGGCGGCGGCAUACAUCACGAUGAUGGAACGACCGAUUGUUGUGAUGGCUGCUGUUGUGGCAUCGAUGUCUGGGCUAUUGUGCUCAAUGUGAUAUUGCAGGAUGCUCCUUUUCUAACGCUGCGCAUGCUAAUUAUAUUCCAGUAUAAAAUCUUAAAUUAUAUGAGCGUGUUUUUCACAUGUAAAAACACGUUGGUCAUAGUUUUGCAGUUGUAUCGUCUCUACGUAGUAAACGCUGAGUUCUGGAAGAAUCGGCGCGAACAAAAAUCUGGUGGCGACAAGUCGCAGCACUACAAGUCUCGACGUCGCGCCCAAGAUCCCGAUGCCAAUAGCAUAUACAUGAUAUCAACGGAGCGUGGUACCGAUGUCAAGCGGAAGAUACAAAAGGCACGUGACUACGCCGAGGACGAGUUCGUAACGCGAAAAAAGAACAAAAAGGAUAAAUCGAAAAAGCAUAAGCGUAAGGACACUGGUUACUCCACUGCCAGUUCGCAGAAUCUCUACUCCACAAAAAUGGUGGAUGAGCGCAGUGCUCGUCAAAAGGACAAGAGGAGCGAUAAAAAGUCAAAGAAACGUGAUCGCAGCAACUCAUCGGUCGAGAGCGAUAUUGUCGAGGCGAAGAAGUCGAAACGUGGUGAUGCCGGCGGCGGUAAAAGAUCGGAAAAGAAGGACAAGAAAAAAAAAUCGAAAAAAGUCGAACCCGUCAUGGAGGAAACAACAAGUAGCUCCAGUUCGUCUACAACAACGAGCAGUUCAUCGGAUUCCAGCAAUUCAACAUUGCCCAGCUAUGAGGUGAUCUCGGAGCGUAAAUUGAAGAGUAAUAAGCGUAAGCGCAGCUCAUCAGAGAGCACAUCAACUGACUCAUCGGAUACAACAACAUCCUCGUCAUCUUCAUCAUCCUCAUCUUCGUAAAUGUGAUUACAGCAGAAAAUGCUUAAACACCGCCGAAAAGGUCACAGUCGCUGUAAUUACGUUUCUUGUGAGGUCUUACCUUUAAUUGUACGAAGAUCGAAGUAUUUUUACAGUUGAGGAAUUAGUAAAAGAGGACAACAUUACUCUCUUUGUAUAUUUUUGUAAAUCCAUACAAUAAUUGGAAUUUUUGUGUGGAGUUUUUGAACGAUUUGGAAAGUUAAAAAAAAUGGAUAGACUUGCAAAGAGAUUUUGUAAAAAUAAAGGGUGCUCCUUUUGUGGCAUCUCAAGCGAUAUUUUGUACGAUUUAUACGACAUUUUUGUAAUGGAAAAUUCGUUAGUACAUAAAAAGUAUGUAAUAUUAAUUGCACAUGUGUGUAUGUAUGCAAGUAUAUAGUAUUAAGCGAAUUUAGUGCUAGUGCUUUGCCAUAAGUGAAUUUGUAAUUAAUAAAAUAUGUGCGCUUUUAAACAAAAGGAGCAUUUUUUUAUUCAUGCGAUAGAAGAAGACUUUUAAGCAUUCUCUAUUAUACGGACUCACACUAUUGUAAAUGUCUCAAUCUUGUCAUAAUUAGAGCUACCGCUCCGCUCACAACAUUCCAAUUUA